CGAAAGUGCCGAUGUGAAUCAGCCGUUAUCCCCCGUUCUCCUUGGAGCACAUGUCCUUCACAUCCUGAUCUCUGUAAGCUGAGCACCGCAUCUCACACUAAUCAUGGCAGCUCAGGUCACUGAAUCAGACCAGAUCAAACAGUUCAAAGAAUUCCUGGGCACCUACAACAAACUAACAGAAAACUGUUUCAUGGACUGUGUCAAAGAUUUCACUACAAGAGAAGUCAAACCAGAGGAGACCACUUGCUCUGAGAGCUGCUUACAGAAGUACCUGAAGAUGACACAGAGGAUCUCUAUGCGCUUUCAGGAGUACCACAUCCAGCAGAAUGAAGCAUUAGCUGCUAAAGCUGGCUUGUUGGCACAGCCCCGAUAAUCAAAGGCUGUUUGUAUGAACUCCAAACCAUUACACCACGCUCUCUCUAUUCCAGUGUGGAGAAGGGGGUCGCCAAACUGGACCGGUAAGGCAGAGGACACCGGUGACUCUGAUCGCCGUCGGCUCUUUGGAUAACUGGAUUUUUGGGAUUUUGUUUUGCUGCAGGACAGACAUGAUAGCUUCGACCGAUGUGCUGGUCUUGUGCAAAAAACAAAAGAUCUUGAUUGUUUUUAUUGUAGCAUGAUACAAAAUAAAAUGUACCAGUCAACUGUA